UCACUGCUGGUGGUGGGGUACACCCAAAACGUCCCAUUCAAGGACUUAGGAGUGGAGCUGGGUCGUAUCGUCUCCGUUGCCUUCGCGGCUCAACGGAGCGUCGGAAACUUGUUCCAAAGAGAUUUGCGGACAUUUCAAGCCACCAUGAAGAAGUCUUGCAUCCGCGUCCUUCCGCUCGUCGUCCUUUUAACAUGCGCCCAAGUUGCAAAAGGAACACCCUUCCCACACGGGGGCGCCCACUCCACCGCCGAAAUGCGCCAAAGAAACAAAAACUGGUGCGCACACGUCGUGCACAAGAACGUCAGCUGCGCCGUGGUGGCGGGCUCGGAGAGCUUUGCGCAGCCGGAGUUUCUGCCUUGCCGCCUGGAGAUGAACAACUGUGCACCACGAGUCAUAUAUCGCACGCACUUCAGGCCCAUAUACAAGUUGGACUACAAGACGGUGACGGAGCUGCAGUGGAGGUGCUGCCCAGGCUUCCAGGGCCACGACUGCAUGGAGGUGAAAAGCAGCAACAAGCCGCUCGAGCGAACCCCAGAGAAUCAGGCCCCGUUUGCUUCAGGACGCAUUCCAGCCGAGCGGACGGACCACCAGGUGGACCCCCGUGGGAACCAUCCGUGGCGAAAUCCCGGUGGUGCGCCCCGCCUAGAGGAUGAGGUUCAGCAGCUCUCCCAGAUGGUACUGGACAUGCAGGCCAGGAUAACCGACUUGUCCUCCAACAUGCGGCUGGACUUGCAGGAGGACGCAAGCAAGAUCCUGCGUGUGCUGUUGGACCAGAUGGGGGAACUCAGCCAGCCCGCCAGCGCUAGAGGUGCCGAGACCAGGACGGUGGACUUGUUCAACGUGGACGAGCUCAUGAACAAGAUCAGCCUCCUGGAGAGCAGGAGUGACACCUGGAACCAUUUGGAGGAACGGGUCAAUCGGCACGACGGACAAAUUCAGCAUCUAAUGGAGGACCCCACUGCGCCCCCCUCUGAUGGCGACCUGCGGGCCUAUGUGGACGAGAACAUCCGCGCUUUGAGGAAAGAGCUGACGGAGGGAAUGGAAAUCAAGCUGGCCGACCUGAAGAACUCUUGCGACUACAAGAUCAUGUCCAUGCACCACGAGUGCGAGGACCAGGAGGAGCACUACCUCAGUCUGACCGAGCUCAUGGACUCCAAAGAAAAUGACCUCCGCCGCCAAAUGCAGGAGCUGAAGACCGAGCUGGAGGAGUCGCAAACCAGAGGGCUUCCGGACUCAAUUCUCGACCAACUCAAGGGACUUGUGAACUCUUCUGUGGCGGAGAGGAAUCUGAAGCGAGAGCAGGGAGAAGCCCUUGAGGACUUGAAGGAGAAGCUCAUUUCAAUGGAAGACAGAGUCAACCGUCAAACUCCGGAUGUUCUCCAAAAUGAACUAAACACUCUCAGGGGAUCUUUGCAAACAUUGGAGAACAGCCUAAACACCUCGGACCUUGGACUCUUCAAGGCAAACGUGACGGUCUUGGAGACGAGUCAAAGGACCGCUUCGGAGAAGCUUCAAGCCGUGGAGGGUCGACUUCAAAACUUGGAGAGCCUACAUGGCGGACUGAGCGAUGUCAAAUAUCAGGCGGGCAGGCUGGAGGACCUGGGCUGUACCGGGGUCAUCAGCGAAGUGAGGCAGCUGGAGGCCGAGAGGUGCCAGAAGGUCCUGAAGGAUGUCGCAGAAGUGGCGAGGGAGCUCCAGAUCCAGACAGGCGUGACGGUGGAAGCGGGACCUCCUCUGUUGGUACCUCCGAGCCCCGUGGACACACCCCCUCAGACGCCUUUGGCCACGGAGACGGGUGAGGCGGGAGCCCCGGGUAGGAGGACGUUGUCGACCAAGCUUCCCAAAGGGACGCAUGGCAGCACGGCGCCCGUGCUCGGCUUCGCCGGCGCGCCAGCUUCACCGGUAAAACUCGUUGAGCCGCUACCCUACACACUUCCGUCCGUCGCAGCAGAUGCAGCGGCACGGCACAAACAGGACAAGAUCUCCUUCUCCGCUGGCCUCGCUCUGCCACCGAUUCACAGCAAGGUGGGCGUCGUCCGCUUCGACACGGUGCUGGUCAAUGAUGGAGGCCACUACGACCCAAGCACAGGCCUCUUCACGGCCCCAGUGGACGGCCGCUACCUGCUGAGCGCCGUGCUCGCCGCCCAACCCGGCACCAAGAUGGAGGCGGUCCUGUCGGUGGACCAGCGCGUCGUCCACAGGUUCCACUCCAGAGGGGGGGCGGCCCGCGAGCCGUGCCCCGGUCUCUGCGCCCCCGCCUCGGUCACCCUGGUGGUGUCCAUGAGGCGAGGCGAGCGGGCGGCACUGUCGCUGACGGCGGGGGAGCUCGCCUCCGCCUCCGCCCACACUCUGUCGUCCUUCAGCGGCGUCCUGCUAUACCCGUCUAGUCGGUAGCCAUGUCCAUCUCUCACGUAGGAGCUGGAAAAGACUAAAAGGUGAAAAAAAUGACAUUCGUUAUGAAGGGAACAGUGGAAAGGUAACAAAAUUAGUGACCCAUACCACUCACUAUUUGGCACCCUUCAAUCAUAGGGGUAGUUUAUCACUGAGUGACAUAGGCCACUUUUUGGCACCCUUGAAACAGUUGAAGCGUAACAAAUCAAAACAAAAACCAUCAAUCCUGGUGGAAGGCUACGAAAAUGAGAUUGUCAUACCACUUUUUGGCAUCUUUCACUCUGGGAGGGUAACAAAAUAAGUGAUCCGUACUACUUUUAGCACAAUCCAACCACACUGAAAGGGUACCUAAAUAAAUUAUCCAUACCAAUUUUUGGCACCUAUCACCCACAGUGAAAGAUUACCAAAAGAAGUGAUGCACUCAUUUUUGUAACUUUUAAUUGGUACCAAUAAGAAGGUAUCAAAAUGAGUCAUACAUACCACUUUUUCAUUCAUUUCAUACAAUUGAUACCAUUUUUGGCACCCAUUGGGGAGUUACCAAAAUGAGUGAUGCAUACCACUUUUUGAUACCCUUCAACUGGAGUGGUUUCCCAAAUAAGUGCUCCGUAUUACUUUUUGGCACCCUUCACACUGGAAAGGUACAAAAAUGAGUGAUAGGGUCCACUUUUUUGGCAAGCCCUCAUCCAGUAAUCCAUGUCAUUUUUGGCACCCUUAAACCACAGUGGUACUUUACCAAAAUAAGUGAUCCAUGCCAAUUUAGUUUGUUGUUGUAUUUUUGAAUUCGCAUUUAUGAAAAUAAAUAUUUUGUUCCUCAA